GAAAAAAAUAUGAAUGACACAUUUUUCUCAUCUUUAUCGUGUCUCUGCACUGUGUAAACUGAAAUAAUUUUCGAUAAUGGUGGAUCGCUUAGUCAAUAGUGAGGCAAAUGCUAGAAGAAUUGCUAUGGUGGAGAACUGCUUCGGCAGUUCGGGCAGGCCACUUGCUGAACAAGGAAGGGUUCUUGUGGGUGAAGGGGUCCUGACAAAAAUGUGCAGAAAAAAACCCAAAGCUCGUCAGUUUUUCUUAUUCAAUGACAUACUAGUUUAUGGCAACAUUGUUAUUAAUAAGAAGAAAUACAACAAACAGCAUCUUAUUCCACUUGAAACAGUAAAAUUAGAAUCUCUCAAGGAUGAAGGCCAAUUUCGUAAUGGUUGGUUGAUCCGCACUGCAUCUAAAUCUUUUGCUGUGUAUGCUGCCACUAGUACAGAGAAAGAGGAAUGGAUGGCUCACAUAGAAAAGUGUAUAGAGGAUUUGUUAAGGAAGAGCGGCAAACAACCUCCAUCAGAACAUGCAGCGGUAUGGGUUCCAGAUAACGAGGCCGCUAUUUGCAUGCACUGUAAGAAGACACAGUUCACUGUGCUUAACAGAAGGCAUCAUUGUCGUAAAUGCGGCUCGGUAGUGUGCGGCCCGUGUUCAUCCAAGCGGUUCGUCCUUCCCACACAGAGUGACAAGCCUCUGCGUGUAUGUCUACAAUGUUACGACGAACUAACAAGAGACAGAGCUAGACCUGCGCAGGCGCAACAACCAGCUAUACUCAGCCCGGGUAAGGAAGGUGCUGGGUCAGGGGAAUCAUCGGGUGAUGAUGACUCUGAUGAUGACGAUGACCGUGCCGCUGCCACAGACAACCAUGACGAGGGUUUUACAAGUUAUAACAGUGUGAAAAAUGGAUUUGGAAAUAAAGUCACAUCUGUGUAGUACAUAAUAAAAUUGUCCCAAGUUCUAUGGUGACGGCGAAAAGACUGAUGACACAAAUAACCAUUCGUCCAAGGAAACCCAAGUGAAGCAAUAAACUUAUACAGGUUAAUAUUAUGUAACUUUACAUAAAUUAUUUAAACUUUACAAUAUAGAAAUUUAAAAAAAUAUAUAUAAUUCCAUCCGUGGUAUAUCCACGCAACAGAUUAUAUAAAUGAAAUAUAUGAUAAUCUAUAUUUGUUAACGAAACAUUAUUUGAUUGGACAAUCGCUAUUAUAAUUUAUAAAUUAUAAUGUAUUGUUUAUUGGCGUUAAACUGUUCGAUGGUCAUUCCAAAAAAUAAUAUCAGUAACGAGGAAUAUUAAGAAUAAUUUAAAUAUUUUUAGCUAAAUUAUAAAUUAUUUACAAUUUUUUUUUUGUUUAAAUUGUAUUAUUAUCGAAGGAAGUGUCUGUUGAACUUUUCUAUAAUUACUUGUCAUUAAGAAUUUGUAUUAAGACAAAGAAAUCCAAACGCGAGUAUUUAGUCCCUAGAGUAUGUAGUUACAAAUUAACACCAACAUGGCCUUUACACUAUUUCUAAGUGUUUUUACCUUCCAGUGUAAUAACGGGAUUUAAUAUUUUUAUACAAUUAACGUUUAAAAAUAUGUACAUACAGCAUACUUCAUGAUACAGCUUUAAAACGCUCAAACGUAUGCGGAUAUGAGCACGUGUAGCUUCUUAUAACUUAUUUAACCUCACUCAUUAUGUUUGUAGGUUUUGUAUCGGAAUUGUCAUUCAGACAACAUUUUAUGGAAUAUCAUGUGUCUGGACAUAAACAAUGUUUGUUGCAAACACCUACGAGUACGGAAUAAAAGUAUGCUUAGUUCAAGUUCGUAUAGUCACACUACACACGGAGCGUUAGGCGUUUUCCAUUCAUCAAUAUAUCACUAACGGAAGUUAUUGAACGUAAAACGAGAAACUGUUGGUAUGCUGUGUGACGAUGCAAACUUGGGCUAAGAGCGCAGUACACUGGUUCUAACCAUUAUCUGAUCUUAGUCACGUUGUCAAUACAUGUUUAAUAUUUUUAAAUGAUUUAGUUUAUUCUAUUGUAAACUUUAACAUAGAUUAUAUUUUUUCUAUUAUAAUUGUUGAAUUGAAAUUUACAAAUAACGUAUGUUCAUGCGUGUUUGUAAAUUGUUUAUUUAAUUUGUAUAUUAGAGAUAUAGAUUAAGAGGUGCAUCGAUCAUACUGUUUUGUCUAAAAAUCUAAGUUUAAGGCAUUGUUUACAGUCGCAGAAUGUUUGAAUGAUAUCGCUAGUUUUUUUUUCUCUUAAUAAGGCGAGGUUAAUUUAUUUAAAAACAGUAACAUAUCCGGGAAUGUUAAAGUUUUAACAUAGUCCGUUAAUUUCAAAAUUAUCUAUCAAAUUUCAAUAUCACUAUGUUUAAUUUAUGGUUGACAAAUAUACCAUUAUAUUUUUUAA